AUGAAGUCCGUGGAUUUGUACGACCCAUUCCAGAAGAAAAGAAGGAUGCGAUCAUCGGCGAUUGCUCAGCAUAAUCUACAUGUAUCUAGUGAGGAUGUAGGUAAGAAACCAUCACCUCCCACAACGUACCGGUUGAUAUUAUCCGGCAUCCCAGUUCAUAGCAUCUUGGAGCCAGGGAGAGAGGAGCGCACUUACUACAACCCUUUCAUGGUUUGUUCAAGCAUGGGUGAAUCCCAUGAUGGGUUGCAAGACGGUAAAAGAUUGAAGAUGAACUCUGAACCGGCAGAUGACGACCGGUCACUGGACCUGGGAUUUCCUUUGUCAGAUUAUGACCAGAUGACCGACAACCACGACCAACAACAAUCAGACAUGUUGGAUAUGCAAUUUCCCACCUUGUCUGAUGAUGACCGGUCAAAUGGUGAGAUGUUGGAUUUGGGAUUUCCUCCACAGCCGGAUGAUGAAGAUGUGCUUGAUUUGGGCUUUGAUAUUGACCUCUGUGAUCCGGCCGGCAACACAGGCAUGUCGCUGGAAUCUACAUCUCAUAAAUUGACACUCAUUUGA